GCCUCCUUCAACACAGCCAACAAAAUGAGCCGCCUGGUGUCUGCGGGCGGGGCUUCCGCCUCGGGCCCCUCCAAGCUACAGGCACUCUUCAAACACCCCCUGUACAACCUGCCUCACCCAACACCCAAGGAAGAUGACUGGCUAUUGCGGGUGAAGUCCAAAGUGAAGCACGAGACCAAGGACAGUUCGCUCGAGUGGAUCAGUGACAGUAUGGAGGGCUACGACGAAACCCGCUGGACUGAAAAUGAGGACUCCCACCCACCGUGGCUGCGCUUUCACCUGGGCAUAUCACGUUGGGAGAUGUACAGUGCCAAGGAACCCAGCCUAGCGGCUCUGCUGGAGCAGCUGGCCACGCACCACAUACGCAGCGCAGUGCAGAAGCCCGGAGGGACACAGCUCAAACUUGUCAUGUCUUUCCCUAACUACGGACAGGCUCUCUUCAAACCCAUGAAACAGGAGCGGGAUGAGGAGACCAACCCCAACCUCUUCUACUUCUCAGACUUUGAGAGGCACAACGCUGAGAUCGCUGCCUUCCACCUGGACAGGGUGCUGGGAUUUCGGCGGAUACCCCCUGUUUCUGGGCGGCUGAUCAACGUAACCAAGGAGAUCAAGCACAUCACCACAGACCGCAAGCUGGCCAGGACCUUCUACACCUCGCCCGCGGGUAAUGUGUGCUUCUACGGCCAGUGCUCGUACUACUGCUCCACAGAGCAUGCCGUGUGUGGUCGCCCUGUCUUCCUGGAGGGUUCAAUGGCUGCUAUGUUGCCUGACCUCUCCCUGGCACCCCGCCGGUCCUGGAGGAGCCCCUGGAGGCGCUCGUACAGCCGAAGCAAACUAGCACAAUGGGAAAAGGACCCAAAGUUCUGUGACACAGUGAAAAAGACAACGCCGUACAACAAAGGCACAAGACUGGUUGAUUUGACUGACAUGGCAAUACUGGACUUCCUCAUGAGCAACAUGGACAGACAUCAUUAUGAGACCUUUGAGAUUGGGAAUGACACUUUCUUGCUGCACCUAGACAAUGGAAGGGCGUUUGGGCGUCAUUCCCGGGAUGAACCGUCUAUACUGGCACCCUUACAGCAAUGCUGCAGAAUUCGCCGCUCCACACUUCUGCGUCUGCGCCUCCUGUCACUCCCACAGUUUCGUCUCAGCGAUAUCAUGCGGGAGUCCCUUGCCCAGGAUCCCCUAACCUCUGUGGCUCCCCUCCUCUCUGAGCCACAUCUGUCUGCCCUGGACCGGCGCCUCACCACUGUACUCCAGACUGUGAAGCAGUGUAGGAGACCGACAUCCAGGGACUAGGCGAGGUCAUCUAUGAUGAC